CUGCCGCUGCGCCCGGCGCUGGGCUGGGUCCGCCAAGGAGUAACCGAGGCAAACCGCAGGCAGGCAGCCGGGCAAAGGCGAGGGGCUGCGACGCGUCAUGCCCGCCAGUACCCCCAGACGCUCCCUAGGAGCAGCCGCUACGGGGAAGAGGAUGAUAUUUACAGGCCCAGAUGCUAUUCGUGAUUACAGAACAAAGCUCCCUGAGUAUACUUGCUACAUCGGAGCAACCACUCCAGCACAAGGGGCCACCGCUGACCUUGAGUACUUGUGGCGUACUGCCCCCUGGACGACUUCUAUACUGCCCCACAAACAUUCCUACCCUGGACAAAUCGGCUGGGGAGUAACAGAAUUUAGUUAUCUCAACAGAGGAAAUCUGCUCAGUGGCAUGCAGAUUAAGACUGGAGAAUUCCGUCAGGCUGCUGAAGAUGAGAUAACUCAUCGAUACCAGAAUCCAUGGCAGCCUCCACCCAAUAUUCUUGAUCUACAAGGCUGCAACGCUAGGGGCAGGCUUGCCUGGAAUUGCACUGACUAUGACAACUUCUAUCACGCUGACAGCAAAUGGGCUGCAAUGACCAGGGAUAGCUGGUCAUCAAGGGGAUCUGCGCUUCCCAGCUUAAAGCAAAGACCAGUCCACCAAAAUCAAACUAAUUCAGCUCUGCAUGCUCCUAGAGAUGAAGGCAAGCAGCGUACGCAGUAAGUCACAUUGCAGAGUACAUCUGACAGGAGGAGGCAGUAAUUAGACAUGCAUCAGGAGCAUGCAACUUUAGGUCACAUUAAGUAUAUUUCUCAAGUUUAAGGAGUAAAAAACCCUGCAUUUGUUAAAGCAUAUGGAAUUCUUAACACUGUCCUAGAAGUUUGAAUUUCCUUUUGUAUUUUAUGCUAAUGUACAACAAAUUUUGCUAAUUAAAGUCUAAGACAGAAGAGAGCUGUGCUUGGUAGGUAAGAUAACAU